AUGGAUGUUGUUAAACAAUUGCAAAAGAUUGGAGAAGGAACAUAUGGUGUAGUUUUUAAAGCCAUAGAUUUAACAAAUAAUAACGUUGUGGCAGUGAAGAGAAUUAGAUUAGAAAAGGAAGAUGAAGGAGUACCAUCCACAACAUUGAGAGAAAUUGCCUUGCUGAAACAUAUUUGUCACCCUUGUGUUGUAAGACUUUUUGAAGUAAUACACGAAAACAAUCAAUUGAAUUUAGUAUUUGAAUUUGUAGAUAGUGACCUUAAAGUAUUUAUCGAUCAACAAAGAAAAACUAAAACAUAUUUCCCUCCAAUUUUAGUGAAGAAAUACAUGUUCCAGAUGUUACAAGCUCUGGCUUUUUGUCAUGCACGACGUGUAUUACAUAGAGAUAUCAAACCACAAAAUAUUCUGAUAGAUUCCCAGGGGAAUAUUAAACUUGCAGACUUUGGGUUGGCCAGAGAAUUCAAUAUUCCUCUCAGAACACUCACUAAGGAAGUCAUUACUUUGUGGUACAGAUGCCCAGAACUCUUAUUGGGAGCAAACAAAUAUUCAACCUCAGUAGAUAUAUGGUCAAUUGGUUGUAUCUUUGCUGAAUUGGUUUUAUUACAACCAUUAUUCCCAAGCGAUUCAGAAAUUGACCAUUUAUUUAAGGUAUUCCAAUUAUUAGGCACACCUUCUGAUGGAGCUGUAACACAAUUACCAAACUUUAGAACAACAUUCCCUAAAUGGAACGUAAAUUUGCUUGCAUCAAAAUUUAUUAAUACACCUUUAGACUCCCAAGGAUUGGAUCUGCUAUCAAGAAUGUUAGUCAUAAAUCCUGCAAAUAGAAUAAGUGCAAGUGAUGCCCUUAAACAUCCAUACUUUGAUGAACUCAAACAAUAACUUGUAAAUUACUAACUAAUCAAUACAUUAGAUGACAAUAGAACGUGUGGAGUGUUCUGUUGUUGACUUUGUAGUACAUAUUAACUAAAUUACCCAAAUCUUUCUAUUAUCCAAUUUCAAAUUCUUUAGUCUUUCGAGGAAUUCGAAAACAUCUUGCGAAUAUUCUUUGGACCACAAGUCCUUGAUUUGUACAUCAACAUGAUCUACAUGCUUAUUUUCAAUAUCUGUAACUGUUUCAUAUCCUUCAACUUCACUUUCAUGUCUACUGGACAAAAAGAACACUUGACACAUUCCAAAGCAGUUAAUAAAUAACCUUCCCAAUUUGGAGAUAAUGUCUUUGAAUAAGCUUCUUCUUUGCGAAACAGCUUUCAUUCUCAAAAUAUUAAUAAGUUCAUCAAAAGCUGGGCUAGUUUUAAAUUCUGAUAAUAAAUCAUUCAUAAUUUUAAGUGAUGAUUUUAAAGGUUGUUUCAAAGUGUUGAGAAGAACCAAAUCUUCUUUAGGAACUCCUUCAUGAGCUCCUGAUACAGUUGAGGCUGAAUCUCCUUCAACAUCACUACUCUCUGAAUAUUCGUCAUCAGAUUCGUCAUGAGCACCUCCCU